AUUCUGGUCGAGGGCACAGUCGGUGACGACUUCAAUGGAGACAUCGCCAUUGAUGACCUGUCCUUCCUGGACUGUGUGCUCUAUAAUGGUAAUUAGUAUGCUUACUUCAGCAAGACCCCUAGAUAUUCAACAUACUUAUAUUAUUGUUAUUAUUAUUAUUAUUAUUAUUAUUAUUAUUUAGACCACUUCCACUACCAUAAAACAUUUUUGGGACAGCUGAGGCAAGCACAAAAUUCUUCUUCAGGAAGAUUUCCCUUUGUAGUUAUACCUUACCACCAGCAUAUAAAACUGUGUCCCACUCUAGAUUGAGUUACAGUUUGUUGGAUGUGUUAUACGUUAUUAAUUUGUUUGUUUCAGGGGGCUUGCCCUCAGUGAGCCCCACCACCCCCUUCCCCCCGACGGAAGCCCCUACAGUCCAGCCCCACGUCUGCCCAGAGGGGAAGUUUGUGUGUGGAGCUCACGGAGAGUGUGUGGACCAGAGCAGGGUGUGUGACUUUAGACAUGACUGCUCCGAUGGGUCGGAUGAACAGCACUGUGGUGGGUAGUGACCUUGUUCCCUCAGAUCUGGGGCUAUGUAUAGGAUCAGGUCUUGCCUCCCCUGUAACCUUUUUAAUUGUGUGUUGCAAAGGCAAAUCUGCUUGAUACAUAUGGCCCCUUGGCUGUUAUUUGACCAGCAUUGGAUUAUUGGAAUCUUUCCCCUCUCUCUCUUUCUCUCCCACCCUCUUUCUGUCCUUGCUGUGCACUCUUCAUCCACAGAGAAGACAGAGACCACUAGAAUUGUCUUGAAUCAGAAAUAGAAUUGUUCAGAAUUUUCAAAGACCAUAGGUAUUGUCUAAUGGUGUCUGUGUUUCUUUCUUUCCUCGCUCUCACUUUCUGUGUCCUCUGUGUGUCCCCCAGUGAAGGAGGUGUGUGAUUUUGAGGGGGGUGACCUGUGUGGCUGGGAGAGGGUCUGUCCUGCUCCCUCUGGCCUGCUCCAUUCAUUCAGCUGGCUUCCUGACCAGGGCAACACUGUACACUUUGGAGAGCAGUACCACCGGCCAGUCAUCGACCACACCCUGUGAGUCCCAAACACACGCAUGCGCACACACAGGCACACGCGUACACAUACAGGCACACACACACUAGCAACGUGCAUGCCCACCUGAGGAUCUCUCCUUUUCAGCCAUCUGAAAAUCCACUUGUCACUUAAAUCUCACUGGAUUGAUGGCUUUCAUUUUACUGUAGCGACUCUUUCUUGCUUGUGCCAUUCAUUUCUUCCCGAUAACAUAGCGACCGCGGACCUGUAAUUACAAACUCCAGUAAUGGCUCAAAUGUGCUCAAUGGAAUACAUUGGCUUGACGAUAACUUUAUUUUAGUUGGUGUUGAUUUUUUGUGCAAUUGAAAAAAGUAAUGAUUUAAUACAGGUGAAAUGUUUACAAAUGAAAUGCGCUGAAAUGAAUGCAACUUCCGAAAAUGAACACUCGGAUUAUAGUGAUAUUAAAUGCGUUGGUAUCGUUCUCUUGACACACUUGUUGAAUUAUGCAAGAGAAUGUGAGAACAGUAAUUAAUGAGGGAGUCUAGACAGCGCAGGUGAUUGCAAGUUGGAGGACAGAGCAUGUUUUUGGUGGUUGCAGCCCUCUUCCACCCCUUUAUAUUAAUGUAUUAAUGUAUGGAAAUACACCCAGUGUAUACAGUAUAUGCAAAUGAGGCACAUAUACUUUUCUUUAUUUUAUCACAAAAUAUUUUUAGAAAAAUACCUGAUAUACUAAGAAAAUGUAUAUGAGUGUAUUAUAAGAAAGAUACAUUUUACAAUAACAAUUUUGAUGACCAUUGCCACACACGGGGUCAAAAACGCCAUCACAGCCCUCUGAGACAUCUAUGAAACCGAGUGAUGAUGUUUCAGAUGGUUACCUGUCUGGGCUAUGAUUGCCUAUCUGAGGUCCUUGGGGUUGACAGUGAGAUCAGAAAUCAACUCCUCCAUUUCUGUAAUUUCCUUUCCUCUUGUAGCCAGUGGGCCAGAGUGCAGGUGCAAUCAUCCUUCUCCUCCCCUCCUCCUCCGUCUUUCUCUCACUCCUGCUGCAGUCCUUUACUCUUCAAUAGCAGACAAUCGUUAAGCUCCGGCAGCCAUGGAAGUGAGAGGGGAAACUCUCCUCUCUUGGGUAGAGAGUGGAGAGAGGAAGGGCGGAGAGGCAUGGUAUCCAGGGAGCUGCAAGCUUAUGGAGAUGGAUGAAAGCAGUCAAGCGAAUCGCAGCCCACUACUCUAUUCUCCCAUGGUUGUAAAGGAUGACUGUGAUUGACAAUCUGUAGGGGCCUGGGUCUAGUACAGGGAGAGAUAGAUGACUUUCAGUGACCUGUCUCUGUCUCUGUGGGCGGGCACUCAAUGUGUGGGGUGGGAGGGUGCAGUCUGUGUGUGUGUGUGUGUUGGACAACUGAGGCUUCACAUACCUAGUUGAGCUUACUGGACACUAACCUUAAUUCCAUUUCAUGGUUGAGGUGAAAAUAAAGAUGAGGAAGCACUAGUGUUUUCCUGCCGAUUUACACGUUUUUCCCUUCUAUUUAUGUACAGUGUGGCGAACAAAGAAAAGCAAGAAUGGGAUUGUGUUCCAUUGACUACUACAGUGUAUUUGUUCUUACCCAACCCUAUUUCCCAUAAACUAAUACUUUCUGCAUUUUAUAUUUUCAUUAUCAAAUGUAUUGUAUUGUACUUUAAGGUAAUUGUCUUUUACGUUCAUCUCUAUUUAUUGUCUCUGUUUGUGUCUGAACCACGGCUAUAGCCCUAAAUAGAAUUGCCCCAAGGUGACAAAUAAAGUUGUUUGAAUUCAAUUGAAUUGUGUUCAUAAUGUGAACCUCUAACCUCCCCUCUCCUUGUCUCUACACCAGUGGCAGUCCAGAAGGUUGGUACAUGUAUGCAGACAGCUCCAACGGUGGUUACGGCCACACCACCGACCUGCAGACUCCUGUCAUCUCCUCCACUGGACCCCAGUGCACCUUGGGAUUCUGGUAUCACAUGAGCGGCUUCACUGUGGGAACCCUGCAGGUGAAUGAAUCCCAUAGAGCAGGGUUCUUCAAUUCCGGUCCUGGAGGGCCGAAACACUUCUGUUUUUUAGUUCUACCUGGUAGUUAAUUGCACUGACCUGGUGUCCCAGGUCUGAAUUAGCCCCUGAUUAGAAGGAGAGGAUGAAAAACAGAGGUGUUUCGGCCCUCCAGGACCGGAAUUGAAGAACCCUGCCAUAGAGUCUCUCAGAAGUAUCAUCAAGAAAAGGGAAAAUAAGGAGCGUUGCAUUGCUUCUGUGAGAAAUAUAUAAAUGGUAUCAAAAGGAUGCACAUAGGAAACUAGGGUCUAAAUAGACUGAGAACAAAAGAAGUUGUGGCUUAGGUAAAAAACAACAACGGUGAAACUAAAAGCCAGCAACAAAAAAACAAGGCACUUAUUUUGUAAUCUAAAUUUAAAAGCCUUUAUUAGAUUGUCAUACACUGAUGAAAACAUGUUUGUCGAAACUCGGUGGUGAUAUGCCAAUCUACUAUAGGCGUUUUAAUUUAGAUCACGAAAGGAGCGCCUUGUUUUGUUGUUGCAGACUUUAAGUUGGACAGUUUAAUUUUUUUACAUAAGCUUAAACUUAUUUUGUUCUCAGUCUCUCAAAAAUACUUUGCACCACAACAUACCAUAUGGUGAAUAAAAUACGUCUAAUGGCUAUGACAAUGUUUUUGAAAUCACAAAUCUGUGGUACGAUUGUGAGAUAUUAUGUAUUUCACAGGUGUUAUUGAAGUUUGGAAAUGUCACCCAUGAAGUGUGGUCCCAGACUGGUAACCAAGGAAACAAAUGGAGACGUGGAGAGGUGUUUCUCGGAAUUGGCCAUGAAUUCCAGGUCUGUCAAUCAUCUUGUCUCGGAGAGAACCAUGUCCAUAAAUCCAUCUGUCAUAGGUGUUGUGGAGUGAUUCAUGCUUUUACGUUUUUGUUUUGUGGACUCUUUUUUGGAGGGGGGAUCAUUUGCAAUUCAUGCUUGACUGUUACACUAAGAUGAUUUCGACUCACACUGCCACAGAUUGAUUGUUUGACUCUGUAAAGAGAAUUACUCACAUUUAUUUUAUAAAGCCCUUUUUACAUCAGCAUUUGCCACAAAGUGCUUUACAGAUACCCGGCCUAAACCCCAAAGAUCAAGCAAAGCAGAUGCAAAAGCACAGUGGCCAGGAAAAUCUCCCUAGACGGAAGUUAUCUAGGAAGAAACUGCAUGCUAUCACUACAUGCUAUCCAAUGGCUGAGUUCACCCUACCAGAAACAAGACAAAGACCUGACAUCAACAGUGAAAUAACAAUUUUAGCAACAAAUCCCCUGACCUUUGUACUGAUGUCCAUUAACCUUUGUCAAUCGGGCCCACUCAGAUCAGUCAUUCAGAUGGAGCAAUCAGUGUCUCAAGUGUCCUUUAGCACUGAAGCGGUGUGUUCAAGAGCAGCUUUCUCACCAUCACAGCUUCAGUGCCCUUUCUCUCUCCCACAAAGCACUUAAUCAGCCCAGGUCCUCUCUUUCAUGUGAAAUACAGGUAACUGCCAAGAUAAAGGAAACACCAACAUAAAGUGUCUUAAGGGUGUUGAGCCACCAAAACAGCUUCAAUGCGCCUUGGAAUAGAUUCUACAAGUGUCUGGAACUCCAUUGAAGGGAUGCAACACCAUUAUUCCACAAGGAAUUCCAUAAUUUGGUGUUUUGUUGAUGGUGGUGGAAAACACCGUCUCAGGUGUCUCUCUAGAAUCUCCCAUAAGUGUUCAAUUGGGUUGAGAUCUGGUGACUGAGACACAUACACACACCCUUUAAACCCCCUAUGCUCCUUUGAGACCCCUCUUUUAACGUCACUGAGAUCUCUUCUUCUAGCCAUGGUAGCCAAAAUAAUGGGUAACUGUGCAUUUUAUACAUGACCCUAAGCAUGAUGGGAUGUUUAAUUGCUUAAUUAAUUCAGAAAAUGCACUUGCUUUCAAUAUACUUUGUAAUCCUCAGCUACUCAAGUGUUUCCUUUAUUUUGGCAGUUACCUGUACAUGACUCAGCAAUCUGGAGGAUGAGCAGCUUGUGUAGUAUGCAGUUGGUGAUUUUGGGCAGCAUCCCAAAUGGCACCUUAUUCCCUGUAUAGUGCCCUUUUUUAAUUUUGUAUUUAACCUUUAUUUACAGUGGGGGAAAAAAGUAUUUAGUCAGCCACCAAUUGUGCAAGUUCUCCCACUUAAAAAGAUGAGAGAGGCCUGUAAUUUUCAUCAUAGGUACACGUCAACUAUGACAGACAAAUUGAGAAAAAAAUUUUUCCAGAAAAUCACAUUGUAGGAUUUUUAAUGAAUUUAUUUGCAAAUUAUGGUGGAAAAUAAGUAUUUGGUCACCUACAAACAAGCAAGAUUUCUGGCUCUCACAGACCUGUAACUUCUUCUUUAAGAGGCUCCUCUGUCCUCCACUCGUUACCUGUAUUAAUGGCACCUGUUUGAACUUGUUAUCAGUAUAAAAGACACCUGUCCACAACCUCAAACAGUCACACUCCAAACUCCACUAUGGCCAAGACCAAAGAGCUGUCAAAGGACACCAGAAACAAAAUUGUAGACCUGCACCAGGCUGGGAAGACUGAAUCUGCAAUAGGUAAGCAGCUUGGUUUGAAGAAAUCAACUGUGGGAGCAAUUAUUAGGAAAUGGAAGACAUACAAGACCAAUGAUAAUCUCCCUCGAUCUGGGGCUCCACGCAAGAUCUCACCCCGUGGGGUCAAAAUGAUCACAAGAACGGUGAGCAGAAAUCCCAGAACCACACGGGGGGACCUAGUGAAUGACCUGCAGAGAGCUGGGACCAAAGUAACAAAGCCUACAAUCAGUAACACACUACGCCGCCAGGGACUCAAAUCCUGCAGUGCCAGACGUGUCCCCCUGCUUAAGCCAGUACAUGUCCAGGCCCGUCUGAAGUUUGCUAGAGUGCAUUUGGAUGAUCCAGAAGAGGAUUGGGAGAAUGUCAUAUGGUCAGAUGAAACCAAAAUAUAACUUUUUGGUAAAAACUCAACUCGUCGUGUUUGGAGGACAAAGAAUGCUGAGUUGCAUCCAAAGAACACCAUACCUACUGUGAAGCAUGGGGGUGGAAACAUCAUGCUUUGGGGCUGUUUUUCUGCAAAGGGACCAAGACGACUGAUCCGUGUAAAGGAAAGAAUGAAUGGGGCCAUGUAUCGUGAGAUUUUGAGUGAAAACCUCCUUCCAUCAGCAAGGGCAUUGAAGAUGAAACGUGGCUGGGUCUUUCAGCAUGACAAUGAUCCCAAACACACCGCCCGGGCAAUGAAGGAGUGGCUUCGUAAGAAGCAUUUCAAGGUCCUGGAGUGGCCUAGCCAGUCUCCAGAUCUCAACCCCAUAGAAAAUCUUUGGAGGGAGUUGAAAGUCUGUGUUGCCCAGCGACAGCCCCAAAACAUCACUGCUCUAGAGGAGAUCUGCAUGGAGGAAUGGGCCAAAAUACCAGCAACAGUGUGUGAAAACCUUGUGAAGACUUACAGAAAACGUUUGACCUGUGUCAUUGCCAACAAAGGGUAUAUAACAAAGUAUUGAGAAACUUUUGUUAUUGACCAAAUACUUAUUUUCCACCAUAAUUUGCAAAUAAAUUCAUUAAAAAUCCUACAAUGUGAUUUUCUGGAUAUUUUUUUAUCAUUUUGUCUGUCAUAGUUGACGUGUACCUAUGAUGAAAAUUACAGGCCUCUCUCAUCUUUUUAAGUGGGAGAACUUGCACAAUUGGUGGCUGACUAAAUACUUUUUUCCCCACUGUAACUAGGCAAGCCAGUUAAGAACAAAUUCUUAUUUACAAUGACGGCCUACUUGUAAAGCCCCCCCAGCCAAACCCUCCCCUAACCCGGUGAUUGUGCGCCGCCCAAUGGGACACCCGAUCACAGCCAGUUGUGAUACAGCCCGGGAUCGAACCCAGGUCUGUAGUGACGCCUCUAGCACUGCGAUGCAGUGCCUUAGACCGCUGUGCUACUUCUUUUGACCAGGUAACAUUUGGGAUGCCUUGGUAUGUUGAGUUGAAUUGUGUUUAUGUAAUGUUUAGCCUUGCUUACCAGGAUUAUAGUGAAGAUGGCUGCGAACGAGACUAAUGACAUGUUAUUGUGAAUUUGCUCAUACGGUACUAGACAGUUUUGUUGAUUUUUAUAUGUUUGGGUAUUACAAGCAUUGAAAGACUUGGACAGAUGGCUGACUUCCAUCCUGUCCGUCAUUUAGGUGAUCUUCCAGGCCAAGCGGGGGAUCAGCUACAUGGGAGAUGUGGUGGUGGAUGACGUGACCUUCCAGAACUGCACCCCUCCCCUCAGCCCAGAGCAGCCGUGUGGGCCUGAGGAAUACACCUGCUCCAACGGACACUGCAUCCCCGAGGACAACCUGUGUGACUUCCUCAACCACUGUGGGGAUGGCUCCGACGAGGACCCCUAUAUCUGCAGUGAGUGAGAGACCCUUCGUCUGCCCGAUUGAUAAUAGUUCAUUAAAUAAUUUUGUAUGAUUACUGUGGUGGCAAUGGUGGUGUUUAUUAAUUGUACAUACAGCCUUUCGAGAGCUUAGGCCUAUAAGGUUCUAUCUGCAUUUUUGUCAAAAUUGAGUUAUUGACAGCCUUAUUCUGUUCAAUGUUGUCUACCUUUAUCCAACGGGUGGGUCUAAUCCUGAAUGCUGAUUGGUUAAAACCGCAUUCCAGUCGGUGUCUAUUCCACAAGUUACCACCGGCUAAAUCUAUGACGUUAAAAUGCCUAUUUACUCUGUUCCAUCUGACUGUGCAAUCCUCUGUCUCAUCAGCCCAGCCAGGCAAUUUAUAAACUUGAUCUCCAAUAUAAAAAGCAUCUAGACAUUAUCUCACAUUUCUUUUAGACUAACAUUUAGUUUUCAAAAGCAGAGAUUUGUAUAAACCUUGCUGUCUGUCUCUCCGACAUUUGCAACAUUGUUUCAAUAUUCAAAUUCGAUCUCCAGCUGUCCCAUAGUAAUGAACGUGUCCGGAGUCAGGACGAGACAGACAGGCAGCGUUUCUCAGCCAGUCGAAAUCAUGACUCAGCUGGUAUAAUUGUUAUGGAUAUACAGUUGAAGUCGAAAGUUUACAUACACUUAGGUUGGAGUCAUUAAAACUUGUUUUUCAACCACUCCACAAAUUUCUUGUUAACAAACUAUAGUUUUGGCAAGUCGGUUAGGACAUCUACUUUGUGCAUGACACAAGUAAUUGUUCCAACAAUUGUUUACAGACAGAUUAUUUCACUUAUAAUUCAUUGUAUCACAAUUCCAGUGGGUCAGAAGUUGACAUACACUAAGUUGACUGUGCCUUUAAACAGCUUGGAAAUUUCCAGAAAAUGAAGUCAUGGCUUUAGAAGCUUCUGAUAGGAUAAUUGACAUCAUUUGAGUCAAUUGGAGGUGUACCUGUGGAUGUAUUUCAAGGCCUACCUUCGAACUCAGUGCCUCUUUGCUUGACAUCAUGGGAAAAUCAAAAGGAGGAAUGGGCCAAAAUUCACCCAACUUAUUGUGGGAAGCUUCCCGAAACGUUUGACCCAAGUUAAAGGCAAUGCUACCAAAUACUUUUUUUUUGGUCAUUUAGCAGACACUCUUAUCCAGAGCGACUUACAGUUAGUGAGUGCAUACAUUAUUUUUUUUAAUUUUUCAUACUGGCCCCCCAUGGGAAUCGAACCCACAACCCUGGCGUUGCAAUCACCAUGCUCUACCAACUGAGCUACAUCCCUGCCUCCCCUACCCUGGACGACGCUGGGCCAAUUGUGCGCCACCCCAUGGGUCUCCCGGUCACGGCCAGCUACGACAGAGCCUGGAGUCGAACCAGGAUCUCUAGUGGCACAGCUAGCACUGCCUUAGACCACUGCGCCACUCGGGAGUAAACUUCUGACACACUGGGAAUGUGAUGAAAGAAAUAAAAACUGAAAUAAAUCAUUCUCUCUACUAUUAUUCUGACAUUUCACAUUCUUAAAAUAAAGUGGUGAUAAUAAUAAUAUGCCAUUUAGCAGACGCUUUUAUCCAAAGCGACUUACAGUCAUGCGUGCAUAAAUUUUUUGUGUAUGGGUGGUCACGGGGAUCGAACCCACUACCUUGGCGUUACAAGAGCCGUGCUCUACCAGCUGAGCUACAGAGGAAAUUCUGAAAAACUGAGUUUAAAUGUAUUUGGUUAAGGUGUAUGUAAACUUCCGACUUCAACUGUAUACAGAGAAAUGUCAAUUGAAAAAAGGUCAAACUAAACAAAGAGCAGCUAGUUUGCAGUCUUUCCAGCUUCAGUUUGAAGUGAUUGUGUUAGCUGUGUUAUUGGCUAGCUCCUCUGAACAACAGUGUCCUGACGAGUGAGCACAUUUUCUAUGCCAGGCGAAAUCACGCCUCAUUAGCUCUUUGUUAUGGAUGUAUCCAAAUAAAUGUCACUAGAAAACAGCUUAAACAAAUGCAAAUACGGCUACUUUGCUGUUAAUCUGUCUUUUCGACGUGACUGUAAAUUAGCCAUAGUUGGCUAGCUAGCAAGCAAGGGAUAAGAAUGUUGCCAGCCAGUAUGGUAAUGGCACAUUUAGAGCAAAUGACUGGGUCGCGUCCAUAGAUACAGAACAAAAAGACUGAACGACUGGGUCACGUCUCUAGCAACCAAACCGAUAGAACGAACGACCAGCCGGCUUGGGUAGCAACCCUAGAUUUGUGUCGGGACUAUAUAUUGUGGAAGGAUGAAAUAGUAUGAAUAAAUCCAUCAAAAUAAUAUUUUGAAUUAAAAUAUGUCAAUCAUUAUUUGGAUAUGUUGGUAACCCGUUGUAUAAAAGUGAUAAUGCCCUCGAAGCCAGUGUUUGGAGGAUAUAUUGGCAUGGUUUGCCUAACAACACCCAUGCCAAUAUAUCCUCCAAACACCGGCUUCUCUGGCAUUAUCACUUAAAUAUAGUACUCAUGUUGUUAAUUUCAAAAGAAAACAAGAUCAAAAUUGCUGACACCAUUCAAACCAACGAGUGUUCGGAACUUUAAAGCCAAUUAUCUCAGAAUCAUAUUUCUGCAGAUAGAACCUUAUGGUCCCAAGCUCUCGAUUUUACAAACAAUUUUACAUACAGCCAUGAGAAUUAUUAUGUUAGUCUGGUCUCCAUUCUAGCCACCUGGUUCUUACCAGCCACAGAAUGACAUGUGUCCCACUGGGCACAAACUGGUUGAAUCAACGUAAUUUGUGGAAUCUACGUGGAAAAUACAUUGGAUUUGAAAAAAGUUAUCAACUGUUGUUUUGAGGUUGAAAUUUCAACCACAGGAUUAUGUCAUCAUGAUAUCCACUAUCAGAAAAAAAACAAUAGGCUGGGCAGGACCUUCUUCUAGAGAAUGUAUCUAUCUACAGUUACCCUUUUGGUCUCCCAUCCAGGGUUUUAACCAAACCCAGCCCUGCUUAGCUAUGAUAUUUGUCACACUCACUGACCAUUACCAAUGUGCUAUCAUGAGAGUUAUUGUUGCAUAAUUGUGUUUGGGAGCAUAGAAUGUUUGGGGGCAUAAUUAGAGUGUGCAACUUUCUUUCUUUCUUUUUAUAGUUUACUCUCUUAGUCAGCACCUGUACAAAACAUUUUUGGGUGUGCGUCAGCUUAUGCCUUUUUGAAAGAUCUACACAAAACUAAAUAGAUUCACUGUUGCUAUGAAGGCAUUCCAAAGGGUAGGUUUAACAGAGCAAAUGAAAUGUGACCGUACUUUCUCACUCAUAUACUGUAUCAUCAAUGUUGCUAUUUAGGCCUAUAUAGCAUUUGCAAAGUCAUCAACAGAUAUUAUUUCAAUUCAACCCAGGAUUCAAUACAUAGGCCUAGUGUUCCAAAAAUGUAAUGAUAUUUAAGCAAUAAGGCCCGAGGGGGUGUGGUAUAUGGGCUGUUCUUAUGGAUACAGCCCUUAGCCAUGAUAUAUUGGCCUUAUACCACCAACCCAAGUGGUGCCUUAUUGCUAUUAUAAAAUGGUUACCAACGUAAUCAGAAAUGAAUGGGUGGUUCGAGCCCUGAAUGCUGAUUGGCUGACAGCCGUGGUAUAUCAGACCGUAUACCACGUGCCUAAGAACAGUCCUUAGCCGUGGUAUAUUGGCCAUAUACCACACCUCCUCGUGCCUUAUUGCUUAAAUAUACCACGGCUGUCAGCCAAUCAGCAUUCAGAGCUUGAACCACCAAGUUUAUAAUGCUUAUUAUACCAUGGCGUUGUUGAAUACUCGAUUCUGAUUGACUUGAAGGGUAUUCUAGAGCGUGCAUUAUUUCCCUAUAACGCACGGUAUAUCAGCACAAUAGAAUUCAAUGGCUAUAGUUCAUUCUUACAAGUUCUAUUUUUGAGCUGCUUUCGAAAGAAAAAGUUGAAUUGAAAACAUUAUUGGCAUUGUUGAAUUAGAUUUUCAUAAUAGCAAGCUAGGACUGAUGGUUUGGUUAGUUAAACUAGUCUGUUUGUUUGGUUACCGCGGCAACUACUGUAGCUAUCUAGUAAACUUGCUAGCUACUUCAGUUGAUGUUGAACACAUUCCUACCGGCAAAUAAACACAUUUCUAGUGGCAAAUGUGUUAAAUUAUAGCCAUGGUAUUGUUCCAUCUGUGCCACUGACUUAGUCUGGCUUUAAUUCCAGUUUUUCUACAAAUUAGAGAGAGAUGGAGAUGUCAAUCCAACAUAUCAAUUAUUAAUUUGUAGACAAACUGGAAUUAAAUCCAGACUAAGUCAGUGGCACAGAUGGAACUAUCCAAGCAGAAGAAAAAAUCUCCUUCAAAUGUUGAUAUUUGGUUGUGUUGACAACCAAACACAAUUCAUUAUCAUUUUUGAAAAAUAAUCAAUAGCCUAUUAACUUGUCAAAAAGUGAACAAAUGAUGUGUUGGAUUCACGUCUCCAACUUAACCAAAAAUAAGUUCAAGAAUGGGAUUAAUUCAGUGGCUCAGAUGGAACUAUCCAAGCAGUAGUUACAUCUCCUUUAAAAAUUGCUAUUUGGUUGUGUUGUCAACCUAACACAAUUCAAUAUUACUUUUGUUAUACAGUAAAUAGCCUAAAGUUAAGGCUAGCUAUCUUACAAACUAAUGUAACAUUCAACCUUAAAAUGAGUAACACAUCCAUGGCCACAUUUUGACCUUAAUGUACCUAUAAAUGUCUUCUUAUAUAAUUAUAUAAAGCGUGCAUGUCAUUGCAGGUCUGUGGAGAUCUUCACAAUUGCUGUAAUAAUCUGAGCAGAAUCUCGAAUGACAUUGAUCACUUGCACCAUGUAGCCUACUUUUUAAUGUAUUCUCAACUGCAUUCCAAGUCAUUUGGUUCUGCUAUUAGAUGAACCACAGUGAUAACACAUUAAUCUGUUGUAUAAAUAAACAAAAUAUAUGACAUUGUAUUCCCAUUUGAACUUUGCUGUGCUUUUAAAUGGUUAAAAGCACAGUGAUAUACAUUUGGGUGACAACUAAACCAAAUAUCAGACAUUGUUGUUCCAUUGGAAUUUGGUUGUGCUAUUAGAUUAGUCUCCCUAGGCAGACAGUUGCCUCCCACAAUGUAUACACUGCUCUUGUCUAGGGUCGGGUUUACGAGACUACUUUUAGAUAGUUCAAAGCAUAGUGAUAACACAUUGGAAAUUCAAAUAACUUUAGGCUGUCUUUUGGAGUGAGCUCCAAAAGUAUUUGGACAGUGAUUAUUUUUGUUGUUGUUUGGGCUAUGUACUCCAGCACUUUGGAUUUGAAAUGAUACAAUGACUGUGAGGUUAAAGUGCAGACUGUCAGCUUUCAUUUGAGCAGUAGCAGUGUGUGGGUAAAAUCACUGAGGAAGCCAAGCCAGUAAAAAAGCCAUAUUACAACCUACAAUAUGUUGUGAUAAUUGCGUUGUUUUCUAUAUAACCCAUUAGUUCAUACGCCACGUGGUAUUCAAUAAGGCAUUGACAACAAAAAGAUAACAGUCACACAGUGGCGGAAUACAUUUAACUACACAUUUGUUUGUUUCAUCACAAACUAGAGAGCAACAUCUGUCAGUUGAAGUAUUGCAUGUAACACAGUUAUAUAAUCUGCAGCAUGGUCAAGCAAGUUAAUGUUUUCAAAGGUUUACUAAACAACUACUGAUUUAGAACCACAGAGUUACCACAAGUCAACACAAAGACAACAGGAGAACUGCCUCCGCUAUUCCAGCACCAAUUCAACUUAAAGAUUUAAACAUCAUCAAAUCAACAAGGCUAUUUAUGCUUAGUUUAAUACACUGAAAACAAACUUAAAGAUACCGAAAACUAUUUAGUCCAAUCAAUGUUGCUUAAUAUCAUGUGGCUGUCCAUGCGACUGAUUUCUCUGUGUGUGUGUGUGUGUGCGCGCACAAGUAAAACAUUUUUUUACUCACCCUACUUGUAGACUAGUUGAAUGCCAAUGCCAUCCUCCUCUCUUUCAUGUUGGCAAAACUGUCUAUGGUCUGUCAUACAGUACACCUUUAGUUUUGGUUGUCAUAGGCUACCUAGCUAAAAUGCUUGCUAGCCUAACUUCCUCACAUGGGCAACAAUGAACCAGCUAAGUUAGCUAGCUAGUUAACAUGAGCCUACUAGGCUAAAUCUAGGCUACAUACUGAACUUCAAUCGUCACAGGCCAGUGGCACAAAAUAUUAAUAUAUGGUUCGAUCAGAAUCACCGUCAUAAUCAUUGGCCUGUACAGAGAAUUAAGUCAAAACCACAAGUCCAAAUCCCCAUCUCCAUCCAUGUCAUCAACACAAGCAUACCAGAAACAAGUUUUUCUGAAAAUUAUGUUUUGCUUAGGAAGUGAUUUGAUUGGUGUUGUCACGCUCAUUGAUGAACGGGUCAGACCAAGGCGCAGCGUGAUAUGCAAACAUGUUUAUUACACGAAUGAACACACGACAAAACAAUAAACUAACGACACGUGAAGUCCUACGGUAACACAACAAACCUUAUACAGAACAAGAUCCCACAACCCACUAGUGCCAAUAGGCUGCCUAAGUAUGGUCCCCAAUCAGAGACAACGAGCGACAGCUGCCUCUGAUUGGGAACCACACCGGCCAACAUAGAUCUAGACAUACUAGACUUACAACAUAGACCUACACCACAUAGAAAAUUCACACCCUGACUCAACAAAUAAGAGUCCCCAGAGUCAGGGCGUGACAGUACCCCCCCCCCCAAAGGUGCGGACUCCGACCGCACAACCUUUACUUAACAGGGUAGGGGCCGGGUGGGCAUUCCGCCUCGGAGGCGGAUCCGGCUCCGGGCGUGACAACCACCUAUUCUCCGCCUCCCUGUUGCCCCCCUGGUCUGGUCUGGACCUCGGCGCGCUGCUUCCCCUCUCCUUCCUCCCACUAUACUCCAAGCCCUGUCUGGACCCUGGUGUGGGAGACCCCGAACCUGGAGAGGGGCUGACGUCUGGGUCUGGACUGGAGCCGCUGACCGGAGCUGGACCGGGCACCGGUGGAGCGGACUGCUCAGGCUCCGGACUGGAGCCGCUGACCGGAUCUGGACUGGACCCCGGUGGAGCGGACUGCUCUGGCUCCGGAGUGGAGCCGCUGACCGGAGCUGGAUCAGGCACCGGUGGAGCGGACUGCUCUGGCUCCGGAGUGGAGCCGCUGACCGGAGCUGGACUAGACCCCGGUGGAGUGGACUACUCUGGCUCUGGAGUGGAGCAGCUGACCGGAGCUGGAUCAGGCACCGGUGGAGCGGACUUCUCUGGCUCCGGACUGGAGCAGCUUACCGGAGCUGGAUCAGGCACUGGUGGAGCGGACUGCUCUGGCUCCGGACUGGAGCAGCUGACCGGAGCUGGAUCAGGCACUGGUGGAGCGGACUGCUCUGGCUCCGGACUGGAGCUGCUGACUGGUGCCGGACCAGACACCGGUGGAACGGGCACGGGCGUGCCGGACUGGACACACUCACCACUGGUCUGGUGCGAGGAGCAGGCACGGGCCGAACCGGACUAGGAACAUGCACCACUGGCUUAGUGCGAGGAGCAGGAACAGGCCGGGCCGGGCUGGCGACACGCACCACUGGCUUGGUGCGAGGGGCAGGAACAGGCCGGGCCAGGCUGGCGACGCGCACCACUGGCUUGGUGCGAGGGGCAGGAACAGGCCGGGCCGGGCUGGCGGCGCGCACCACUGGCUUGGUGCGAGGAGCAGGAACAGGACGGGCCGGGCUGGCGACGCGCACCACUGACUUGAUGCGAGGGACAGGAACAGGCCGGGCCGGACUGGCGACGCGCACCACUGGCUUGGUGCGAGGGGCAGGAACAGGCCGGGCCGGGCUGGCGACGCGCACCACUGGCUUGGUGCGAGGAGCAGGAACGGGCCGGGCCGGGCUGGCGACGCGCACCACUGGCUUGGUGCGAGGAGCAGGAACGGGCCGGGCCGGGCUGGCGACGCGCACCACUGGCUUGGUGCGAGGAGCAGGAACGGGCCGGACCGGACUGCGAAGGCGGACUGGAGGUCUGGAGCGGAGAGUUGGCACAACCCGUCCUGGCUGGCUACCCACUUUCGCACUACACGUGCGGGGCGCUGGCACAGGACGCACUGGGCUGUGCAUGCGUACUGGCGAUACAGCUCGUAGAACUGGCGCAGGAUAUGCGGGACCGAGGAGGUGUACUGGAGACCAGGAGCGUUGAGCCGGCACACCCCGUCCUGGCUGGAUGCCCAUCUUCGCACGGCACGUGCGUGGUGCAAGCACAGGACGUACAGGACUGUGCCGGCGCACUGGCGACACAGUACAUAGCUCCACAUAACACGGAGCUUGCCCAGUCAUAUGCCUUCUCGCGUGAGUACGGGGAGUUGGCUCUGCUCUAACCCUAGGCUCCGCCAACCACCCCGUGUGCCCCCCAAAAAAAUUAUCUUGGGGCUGCCUCUCGGGCUUCCUCCUUGACCGGCCUCCUCCGUGUUGCCGUUGCUCCUCUCCUGCCUGGGCAUCUACCUUAGCCCAUGGUCCUUUCCCCGCAAAUAUCUCUUCCCAUGACCACAACUUACCCACCUGUGACAUGGCCCUUCGCUCCGCCUGGGCACGCUGCUUGGUCCUCGUUUGGUGGGAUCUUCUGUCACGCUCGUUGAUGAACGGGUCAGACCAAGGCGCAGCGUGAUAUGCAAACAUGUUUAUUACACGAAUGAACACACGACAAAACAAUAAACUAACCUUAUACAGAACAAGAUCCCACAACCCACUAGUGCCAAUAGGCUGCCUAAGUAUGGUCCCCAAUCAGAGACAAUGAGCGACAGCUGCCUCUGAUUGGGAACCACACCGGCCAACAUAGAUCUAGACAUACUAGACUUACAACAUAGACCUACACCACAUAGAAAAUACACACCCUGACUCAACAAAUAAGAGUCCCCAGAGUCAGGGCGUGACAGGUGUGAAGCCAAAUCCAAACUGGCCUACCUUGGGGGGCGUUUUGCUGCACCAGGACAACCCACAGUUGAGCUCAACUCAACACUGAUUGGCUAAUUCUUUUAGAAUUUCUUUAUCAAGGGAGGCCAAAUGCUUGCUGGCAUCAAUCAAUCAAACGCUACAGCGGCAACAUGUUAUACUCUUCUGGUCCAGACAGCAUCAGAUACAUGGGCUACACAUACUGAGACAGAGGGGCGCUGUUUCCCUCGCUCUGAUGAUUUCUCCGGUGAGAUUCAACCACUUGCGAAUUAAAAUAAAAUUAUGAAAACAGAGAGAGAGAGACGAAAGAUACAUUAUUUUAUCAUUUCACAUUUUGUAUUGGUUAAAUAGCAUGUAGAAGUGUUUAGAAAACAUAUUCUCUCCCUAUUUACAAUAAAAGUGAAUCCAAAAUGAUACAAUACAUUAUUUACCGUUCAUUUCUAUUGGGCACAAAAUUAUCUGAAACACAACCAAAACAAACAGCAAAUGCAUCCAACAUGUUUGUAGAGUGACAAGCUUGAUGCAAUCAUUGCGUGCUAGGAAUAUGGGACCAAAUACUAAACUUUUGACUACUUUAAUAUACAUAAGUGAAUUUGUCUGAAUACUUUUGGUCCCCUAAAAUGGGGGGACUAUGUACAAAAAGUGCUGUAAUUUGUAAACGGUUCACCUGAUAUGGAUGAAAAUACCCUAAAAAUAAAGCUGACAGUCUGCACUUUAGCCUCACAGUCAUUGUCGUUUCAAAUCCAAAGUGCUGGAGUACAGAGCCAAAACAACAAAAUAUAUGUCACUGUCCCAAUACUUUUGGAGCUCACUGUUGGUUGUAAUCUCAUUGAUCAACGUCUCAACCAAAUAUUAAUCAAUUAUCCACGUUGAAAUGAUGUGAUGUGCCAAGUGGGGAAGUUCUUUAUAAGCCCACAGUAUGUAAUGGUAAGUAUACUAAUGACUAAUUCAUCUCUCUCUCUCUCUCUCUCUCUCUCUCUCUCUCUCUCUCUCUCUCUCUCUCUCUCUCUUUCUCUUACAGAGGGCUUCAGCGGACACUGCAACUUUGAGUUUGACCUCUGCUCCUGGCGCCAGUGCCAGCAGGACAAUUUCGAUUGGCUUAUCAAAGCGGGUAGCACACCGACUGCUGGCACAGGGCCAUCUACUGACCACACCCUACGGGAUCCGUCUGGCCACUACCUCUAUGUGGAGAGCUCUUUCCCUCAGGCAACUGGAGACGCCGCCCGAAUCUCAGGACCCCUCCUCAGCCGCAGGAGCAAGCAGUGCAAGGUCAGGCAAAGGUCAAGGUCAGGGCAGAGACUGUAGAUAACAGUUCGGAAGCCAUGUGGGUGUUACUGGGUUGAAAUAAAAGGGUCAUCUGAUCAGUACAUGGACACAAUGGUUGGUCCUGGUCGGUACCUGGAUGGGAGACCAGGUGGUGUUGGAGGGCCAGUAGGAGGCACUCUUUCCUCUGGUCUAAAAAAUAAAUAUCCCAAUGCCCCAGGGCAGUGAUGGGGGACAUUGCCCUGUGUAGGGUACCUUCUUCCGGAUUAGACGUUAAACGAGUGUCCUGACUCUCAAUGGUCACUAAACAUCCCAUGGCACUUAUCGUAAGACUAGGGGUGUUAAGUCCGGUGUCCUGGCAAAAUUCCCAAUCUGGCCAUCAUACCAUCAUGGCCACUUAAUUAUCCGCAACUUCCAAUUGUCUCAUUCAUCCUCCCUCCUCGCCCCUCUAACUAUUCCCCAGGUCGCUGCUGUAAAUGAGAAUCUGUUCUCAGUCAAUUUAUCUGGUAAAAUAAGGGAUAAAUAUACAAAGGGUCCAUAAGUCCCGUGUAGCUCAGUUGGUAGAGCAUGGCGCUUGCAAUGCCAGGGUUGUGGGUUUGAUUCCCACAGGGGACCAGUAUGAAAAUAUAUGCACUCACUAACUGUAAAUCGCUCUAGAUAAGAGCGUCUGCUAAAUGACUAAAAUGUAAAAAAAUAAGUGUGGGUUAUAAGGUGUGUAAUGAUUUGGUUUAUUUGCUUUAAAGUCAAUUCAGUGUGGAGGUGUAAUCCACCAUACAAACCUACAGACAGAUUAAGGGAGGAGGUUUAGGUAGAUUAUGAAGUAGAAUUGGGGGAAUAUGUGUAAAUGGCUGGGUCAGUCAGUAUCUCCUCCCUUUGUGUGUGAUGAGAUCAGCCAGUGAAGUGGUUGAGUCCAGGGGCCAUCUCGCUUCUCUCUCUGACUGAGCUCACCUCAGUCAGUGUGUCUGAGGCCAGCCUUCUUAUUGACUGCCUCGUCUGUAUGGCACUGUGUCUGUCUCAUCCCGGGCCGGACCUGUCAAUCAAUCACACGCAGCUGACAAGCACCAAUUAAAUGGAGCGAAUAGAGGAGGGGAAGAGAGGGAGGAGAGAAGAAGCGGUAGUUCAGUCUUCUCUCCUGAGAGUAGGGCUUUUCACUGCAUCCCCCCUCCCUCUGCAUCUAGUUGCAUUUGGUAGAAAACCCCUGUAGAACUCCUUAGCACUGCGUUUGAGUGGCGGACUUCGUGGGCUAGCCAUAAUGAACAGGGGAAAUGGAAGGAAAUGAAAGGAGCUACGGAGAUGACCGUUUUCAUUCACAACAAAUGACCUUUGUAUAUAGACCUCUUGCUUUGCUUUCAUGGUCUGCAGUGAGGUGAAAAUAAUGUUCAUAAUAAGAGUGUUGCAGUGAAAAGUCAAUGGUAAAGCAGAAAGCAUGAGUCUCAGGUGCUUGUUACUUUGUUCAGACUUACUGAAUAUCAUUUACAGGACCAAGUCAGGGGUAUUUCAACUUCACUCUAAUGAGAAGAGAAAAGUCUGUCAAUGCUUAAAUAUCAUGGUAUUUCUCAGACUGUCUAUGCUUAGCCAACUAGAAAUUUGAUGGUACGGAUGGUGGUAUUUUAAGAUGACGAGUUAGUUAAACCAAUUAAACUUGGUUACACUUGCAUGACUUCACUAUGUUUGUCACUUUCCCUUGUGUGUCCCUUCCCUUCUCCAGAUCCGCUUCUACCUGCACAUGUCUGGAGACGGCCUCGGAACACUGAACGUGUUCCAGGUCACCAGCUCCUCAGGUCACCAGCUCCUCCUCAACCUGACUGGAGACCAGGGAAACUACUGGCAGAGGAGGGACAUCCAGCUGACCUCUCAGGAAGACUUCCGGGUCACCUUCGAGGGCAAGGUUAUGAACAUUUUAUUGAAUUCUUGUGACUUGUGUUCAUCUUGUACAUAUCUGGUAUAGCAUUUGUAUCUGUGAAUGUUGCUGUUACAGUGCCGUGAAAAAGUAUUUGCCCCCAUUUCUGAUUUUCUCUAUUUUUGCAUAUUUUUGAUACUGAAUGUUAUCAGAUCUUCAACCAAAACCUAAUAUUAACUAAAGGGAACCUGAGUUUACAAAUAAAUAAAUACAAAUAUACUUUAUUUGUUUAAUUAACAAAGUUAUGUAACACCCAAUUCCCCUGUGUGAAAAAGUAAUUGCCCCCUUACACUCAAUAACUGGUUGUACCACCUUUAGCUGCAAUGACUGCAACCAAAUACUUCCUGUAGUUGUUGAUCAGUCUCUCACAUCGCUGUGGAGGAAUUUUGGCCCGCUCUUGCAUGCAGAACUGCUUUAUCUCAGCGACAUUUGUAGGUUUUCAAGCAUGAACUGCUAGUUUCAAGUCCUGCCACAACAUCUCAAUUGGGAUUAGGUCUGGACUUUGACUAGGCCAUUCCAAAACUUCAAAUGUGUUGCUUUUUAGCCAUUUUCAUGUAGACUUCAUUGUGUUUUGGAUCAUUGUCUUGCUGCAUGACCCAGCUGCGAUUCAGCUCACAGACAGAUGACCUGACAUUCUCCUGUAGAAUUCUCUGAUACAGAGCAGAAUUCAUGGUUCCUUCCUAAGGGUAGUCGUCCAGGUCCUGAGGCAGAAAAGCAUCCCCAAACCAUCACACUACCACCACCAUGCUUGACUGUUGGUAUGAGGUUCUUGCUGUGGAAUUAAGUGUUUGGUUUUCGCCAGGCAUAAUAGAACCCAUGUCGUCCAAAAAGUUUACUCAGGUUUGCCAAAAAGCACCUGGAAGCACCUGGAUGAUCAUCAAUACUUUUGGAAGAAUGUUCUAUGGACAGAUAAUUCAAAAGUAUAACUUUUUGGAUGAUAUGGGUCCCAUUUAUGCCUGACGAAAACCAAACACUGCAUUCAAAAGUAAGAACCCCAUACCAACGGUCAAGCAUGGUGAUGGUAGUGUGAUGGUUUGGGGAUGCUUUGCUGCCUCAAGACCUUUCGCCCCCAUUCUCAUCGACGGGGCUGUAGUGGAACAGGUUGAGAGCUUCAAGUUCCUUGGUGUCCACAUCACCAACGAACUAUCAUGGUCCAAACACACCAAGACAGUCGUGAAGAGGGCACGACAAAGCCUAUUCCCCCUCAGGAGACUAAAAAGAUUUGGCAUGGGUCCUCAGAUCCUCAAAAAAUUCUACAGCUGCACCAUCGAGAGCAUCCUGACUGGUUGCAUCACCGCCUGGUAUGGCAACUGCUUGGCCUCUGACCGCAAGGCACUACAGAGGGUAGUGCGUACGGCCCAGUACAUCACAGGGGCAAAGCUCCCUGCCAUCCAGGACCUCUAUACCAGGCGGUGUCAGAGGAAGGCCCUCAAAAUUGUCAAAGACUCCAGUCACCCUAGUCAUAGACUGUUCUCUCUGCUACCGCACGGCAAGCGGUACCGGAGUGCCAAGUCUAGGUCCAAAAGACUUCUCAACAGCUUCUACCCCCAAGCCAUAAGACUCCUGAACAGCUAAUCAUGGCUACCCGGACUAUUUGCACUGCCCCCACCCACAUAUUUUACCUGCUGCUACUCUUAAGUAUUUAUGCAAGUCACUUUACUCUACCCACAUGUACAUAUUACCUCAACUACCUCAACCAGCGGUGCCCGCACAUUGACUAUGCAACGUACCCCCUGUUUUAUAGCCUCCCUACUGUCACUUAUUCUAUUGUAUAUAUAGCCUCCCUACUGUCACUUUAUUUUUACUUCUGCUCUUUUUUCUCAACACUUUUUUGUUGUUGUUUUAUUCUUACUUUUGUUUUUAAAAUAAAACUGUUGGUUGGGCUGUAAGUAAGCAUUUCACUGUAAUGUCUACCUGUUGUAUUCGGCGCUGUGACCAAUAAAAUUUGAUUUGAUUUGAUUGAUUUGAUUUGAUGACUUGCCUUAAUAGAAGGAACCAUUAAUUAUUCUCUAUAUCAGAGAGUUCAGGCCAUCUGUCUGUGAGCUGGAGCUAAAAGUGCAGCUGGGUCAUGCAGCAAGACAAUGAUCCAAAACACACAAUCAAGUCUAAAUGAAAAUGGGUAAAAGCAAUACAUUUUAAGUUUUGGAAUGGCCUAGUCAAAGUCCAGACCUAAUCCCAAUUGAGAUGUUGUGGCAGGAUUUAAAACGAGCAGUUCAUGCUUGAAAGCCCACAAGUGUCCCUGAGUUACAGCAGUUCUGCAUGGAAGAGUGGGCCAAAAUUCCUCCACAGCGACAUGAGAGACUGAUCAACAACUACAUGAGAAACUGAUCAACAACUACAGGAAGCGAUUGGUUGGAGUCAUUGCAGCUAAAGGUGGCACAACCAGUUAUUGAGUGUAAGGGGGCAAUUACUUUAACACACAGGGGCACUGGGUGUUGCAUAACUUUGUUUAUUAAAUAAAUGAAAUAAGUAAGUAAUUGUUGUGUUAUUUGUUCACUCAGGUUCCCUUUAUCUAAUAUUAGGUUUUGGUGGAAGAUCUGAUAACAUUCAGUAUCAAAAAUAUGCAAAAGUAGAGAAAAUUAGAAAGGGGGCAAACACUUUUUUACGGCACUGUAUAUGUUUACUAUCUUUAUCUUAUCUGACUUGCCAUAACUAAUGUUCCCUCUGGAACAAUUAUGUUAUUCUAUUCUAUCCUAAGGUGGGCCGCAGUGCCAAGGGGGACAUCUGUCUGGAUGACAUCACCUUCUCACCAGGCUGCCUGCUCUCGUCUACGUCAGAAGCAUUGGAGACUCCACCCCCAUCAGGUAUGAUGUCAUGAUGUCACUCAGGGUAAAUCUCAAUAGUCUUAAGUGACCUCCUCGUCUCCUUGUUUUCUCUCCUUCAUAAUAGUCUGAAAACCUACCCACUGGGAAUUGACUUUAGCCUGUUCAGUUCUUUCGCAUUAGUGCAGAUGAUGGAAAGAAGGAAAAUAAAGAACUUUGGGAGACCAUUGGAACUUAGUUUGCAUCCUAAAUGGCACUCUGUUCCCUAUUUGGUGCACUAAUUUUGGCCAGUUGGCUCUGGUCCAAAGUAGUGCAUUAUUUAGGGAAUAGGGUUUCAUUUGAGACGUUAGUCAUGGUUUUGCGGGCAUAAAUGACUGAGUGAACCAAGCGUUAUCAGUCAGCGUAUAAAGACCGGCUUGGUGUCCAUUCAGAUGAUUGUACGUUUCCUCUGCAUUCUUCCUGUUCUUUACGAGCCAACCUUUGAGAGACGAGAGAAAGGGACUACAACGUGAACUGAUUUAGCGCCAUUGUCACCGUUGUGCAUAGCAGCUAUAAUUGCCCUUUCUAAUUUAUAGCUUUACUAUUGUAUUGGGUGCCGGAGAGGAAGAGAGGAGAGGACAGGGAGAGAAGAGGGGAUGGGGAAGGCUUUGUGUGUGGCCUCUUUAAGGGACCCCUAGUGAUCUGCUGGGCUGGACUAUAGGGGCCUUAAACACAAUAGUCCUGUUGUGUGCUUCUUUAUAUAUCUCUCUCUUUCUCUCUCUCUCUGACUUACUCACAGCCAUGAAUGUGUAUGAGAAUGCAACCUAGCAUGCUGUGAGUCUGCCAACAGGCAGGGGCAUUAAUUAGUCAUCACAUGGCUUUAAUGGAGUCUUAGCCAAGUGGUAGUCAGUGGGAGUCAGUGGGAGUCAAUGUGAAUAUGAGGAUGUUGGUAAUGAUAUGUUGAUAUCCAGCUUGCUCUCACACUGCCCAUCACUAUUCCUUGAGAGCUAAAAUCCUGUAGGUUUUCACUCUAACCCUAGCAAAACAACUAACCUGUUUUACCAACUAGCUAAUUAUUAGAAUCAGGUGUGCUAGAUUAGGAUUUGAGUGAAAACCUACAGGACGGUAUCUCUCCAGGAACAGGGUUGGGCAGCCCUGACAUAGGGAAUAGGCUAUAAUUUGGGACAUGUUCCAUGUCCCUAGCCAAAAUGACAUCUUUAGCGAUGACCCCAAGAGGAACUGGCCAGGAUCCAUCUGUCCCGACCCAUCGUUUAAGAAACGCUGCAAUGGAGAGAAAGACCUAUGCCAAAAUGGCUUUGACGGACAUAGUUGAGAAAAUGGUUGUCUUUUCUCUUACAUUAAAUAUAAAUUUGGCCAGAACAAUGGCAGUAUACUUAGUCCUCUCACUGGACAUUUUAUGUUAAACACAUAUAUUAUAUUCCUUGGUCAUUGAUUGCACUGGAAAGGGAGUACGGACUGUUAAUAUAGUCAGAAUAACACAAUGUAGUCAAAUGCCUAAUAAAACAAAAUUAGAUACAAACAACAGAGGAGGGGAAGAUCUAAGGGAGCGAUACAGAUGGUUUGUGUACUUGCAUUAGAAGACGAGGCCACUCGUCCUUCCACUAUCAUUACCCCAACAUUAUUAUUCCAUUUGGAAUGAGUCAAUCACAAGGACGGCAGCCCCACAAUCUCCUAGAUCAAUGACAAAAUCAAAUCUGAUCAACAGUCGUGUUGUUCACCAGGCAAGCAAGGUCGACCUGAAUUUCGCUCUUCUUCCUUUUUAAUCAAUUUUCUAUGAUGAAUGAAAUGCGGCUGAACUUGUUUUCGUUCUUUCUCCUCUCCCCCCUUCUUCAGAAAGAAAGUGAUAGCAUCAGAAAACACUUUAGCAAUUCUCUCAGAUAAAUCAAGCUUAAAUCAAGCUCAUAUGUAGAAUUCAUGCCUUUUAUGAGAUGCUACUGUAUGGAUGUCUCCCAAAUGGCACUCUAUUCCCUAUAUAGUGUACUAUUUUUGAUCAGGACCAUAUGGGCCCUAUGGUGCCAUUGAAUAUGUAGCUUAUGAUGUAUAAUGGUAUGUAAAAAACCUAACGACCGUGGACUAAUCAUAUCAAAGGCGGUGGAGAACAGGCCUGUUGUUGAGGAGGACAGGGAGAUGAAAGACAUUCUAUUCAGAUGAGAGGGAAUGAUGGAAAGCCAUGUAGGACAAGUAUAAUCAGACAGCAGUGUGACGGCACCUGAUACAAGAAGAGAGUCAUUACUGUAACAGGUCAUUACCGUAACAUUGUUGACAGUUUGGAUGUGGUUGCUCUGUGAUGGUAUUGAGUAACACACAACCCACCAAAAAAUAAACACAGAUUCCACAGAUUCUUCUACUCCCCAAUCCACCAGGGGACAAUGUCCUACCCAGGGUGAGUAUAUGGAGUUGAAGGGCAGUGGGUCAUUACUGUACCAGUAGAGGCUGCUGAGGGGAGGACGGCUCAUAAUAAUGGCUAGAAUGGAGUGAAUGGAAUGGUAUCAAACCAUGUGUUUGAUGUAUUUGAUACCAUUCCACUGAUUCCGCUCCAGCGAUUACCACGAGCCCGUUCUACCCAAUUAAAGUGCCACCAACCUCCUGUGCUGUGUACGGUGUCUAUAUUAGCACAGCUUAAGUGGAAAGUGGGGUAGGCACUAGGCAGGGUGAAGAAGGUGGUCAGCUUAUCAGUAAAAACAAAUAAAUUAGAUCCACUUUUAAUGUACAGGCUCCUGAGCUAUCAUAUCCCAUAAUGAUCAUCAUAUAAAAGUCCAUUAAUCCUCGGUUUAAUCUGCACUAACAUUCAGUCUUUGAUGCAGAGGGUGGGAGAGAUGGAGGUAGAGGUAAAUUGGGGAAUAAACUAGAGGCUGGCUUUGCUGUUAUGAUGGAAGAUAUUAGACCUGGGAUCAAAAACUAUUUGAAAUCUUUCAAAUACUUUGAGCAUUUGCUCUAUCCUGCUUGGAGUGCUAAGUGGGCAGGGUUUGCAGUUUUGGGACUAUUCUGUUUGGUCCAUUAAGCCAGGCAAACUCAAUCAAGCACAUAUACAUAUGUUAUAAUGAUUUCAUACCAUUUGAAACCAGCUAUUUACAAAGGCAGAAACAACUUUCAACACUUGAAAUGACUUGAAUGUAUGGAAAUGAUUGACCAUCACGGUAGACCAAACUCUUUCUUCGUUACCUUUGAGAGGAGCAAUGGCUUCCUGUUUUUCCAUAUCCAUGGAUGGUCCCAAAUUGCACCCUGUUCCCUUUAUGGUGUCCUACUAUUGACUGUAGGGCUCUGGUCAAAAGUAGUGCACUAUAUAGGGAAUAGGGUGCCAUUUGGGAUGUAUUUCAAAUCAAAUCAAAUUGUAUUGGUCACAUACACGUGUUUAGCAGAUGUUAUUGCAGGUGUAACAAAAUGCUUGUGCUUCUAGCUCUGACAGUGCAGUAAUAUCUAACAAGUAAUAUCUAACAAUUUCACAACAUAUACCCAAUACACACAAAUCUAAGUAAGGAAUUAAUUAAGAAUAUAUACAUUUACUGUAUGGACGAGUGAUGUCAGAGCGGCAUGGACUAAGAUACAGUAGAAUAGUAUAGAAUACAGUAUAUACAUAUGAUAUGAGUAAUGCAAGAUAUGUAAACAUUAUUAAAGUGGCUAGUGUUCAAUUUCUUAAAGUGCCAGUGAUUUCUAGUCUAUGUCUAUAGGCAGCAGCCUCUAAUGUGCUAGUGAUGGCUGUUUAACAGUCUGAUGGUCUUGAAAUAGAAGCUGUUUUUCAGUCUCUCGGUCCAAGCUUUGAUGCACCUGUACUGACCUCGCCUUCUGGACAAUAGCGGGGUGAACAGGCAGUGGCCGGGUGGUUGAUGUCUUUGAUGAUCCUUUUGGCCUUCCUGUGACAUCGGGUGCUGUAGGUGUCCUGGAGUGAGGGUAGUUUGCCCCCGGUAAUGGGUUGUGCAGACCGCACCACCCUCUGGAGAGCCUUGCGGUUGUGGGUGGUGCUGUUGCCGUACCAGGCUGUGAAACAGCCCGACAGAAUGCUCUCAAUUGUGCAUCUGUAAAAGUUAAUGAGGGUUUUAGGUGCCAAGCCAAAUUUAUUUAGCCUCCUGAGGUUGAAGAGGCUCUGUUGCGCCUUCUUUACCACACUGUCUGUGUGGGUGGUCCGUUUCAUUUUGUCAGUGAUGUGUAUUUGUUUUAUUUUUUAUAUUUUUUUUACUUUAUUUAACUAGGCAAGUCAGUUAAGAACCAAUUCUUAUUUACAAUGACGGCCUACACCGGCCAAACCCGGACAACACUGGGCCAAUUGUGCGCCAAUUGUGUAUGCCAAGGAACUUGAAGCUUUCCACCUUCUCCACUGCGGUCCCGUCGAUGUGGAUAGGGGCGUGCACCCUCUGCUGUUUCCUGAAGUCCACGAUCAUCUCCUUUGUUUUGUACUACUGUGGUGGUAUCAUAUUCCUUCUGGUACUGUGCACCUGAAGAAGUGGAACAAAAGAUUAGAGGGGAUUUAUCCCGCUUUCUUUGCUUUAAUUACUGGGACCACCCCUCUUCAUCACGCAUCAUCACGCCUCUCUAAUACUCCAAAACCCCAAGUCUGACACCACUGGAAUGCCUGGCUCCUAUACAGCCCAAAUUCCAGCCCCACAUCCCCUCUCCUCAGCCCUCUACUCCCCCUUCUUCUGAUACAAUGCCUUACUGCUCCCCUCCUUUGUCCUCCUAAGCCACUGACUGAAAGAGAGGCUAAUGUAUCAUUCAGAUCGUCUGCUUGUUUGGCUUACUUUUUAUAUACAAUUUGAAUUCUUGGCCUUUUAGGUCUCUUUGCUUGUUUUGCGAUUUUAGGAUCAGCUUUGCCUUUUAGAUCACAAUUAAUAACAAUACAUGGACAAAGUGGGAACUGAUCCUAGAUCAGCACUCCUACUCUGAGAAACUAGAUGUUAUUAGCCCUACAUUAUGAAGGUAAAGUUUUGAUCAUGCAGAGAAGAUCUUACCAUCUCAAUAUCAGCAUUAUCCAAAAGCACCUUCCUCUUUAUUGGCACCUUGGGCCUUUUUAUCUAGUCUGCGUGUGUGUGUGCCUGCGCAUGUGUGCAUGUACACUACAUGACCAAAGGUAUGUGGACACCUGCUCAUCGAACAUCUCAUUCCAAAAUCAUUGGCAUUAAUAUAAAGUUGGUCCCCCCUUUGCUGCUAUAACAGCCUCCACUCUUCUGGGAAGGCUUUCCACUAGAUGUUGGAACUUUUCUGCGGGGAAUUGCUUCCAUUCAGCCACAAGAGCGUUAGUGAGGUCGGGCACUGAUGUUGGGCGAUUAGGCCUGGCUCGCAGUCGGCGUUCCAAUUAAUCAUAAAGGGCUUCGAUGGGGUUGAGGUCAGGGCUCUGUGCAGCCCAGUCAAGUUCUUCCACACUGAUCUCGACAAACAAUUUCUGUAUGGACCUCGCUUUGUGCACGGGGGCAUUGUCAUGCUAAAACAGGAAAGGGCCUUCCCCAAACUGUUGCCACAAAGGUGGAAGCACAGAAUCAUCUAGAAUGUAAUUGUAUGCUGUAGAAUUAAGAUUUCCCUUCACUGGAACUAAGGGAAAACAGCCCCAGACCAUUAUUCCUCCUCCACCAAACUUUACAGUUGGCACUAUGCAUUUGGCCAGGUAGUGUUCUCCUGGCAUCCGCCAAACCCAGAUUAGUCCGUCGGACUGCCAGAUGGUUAAGCGGGAUUCGUCACUCCAGAGAACGCGUUUCCACUGCUCCAGAGUCCAAUGGCGGCGAGCUUUAAUCCACUCCAGCCAACGCUUAAUAUUGCACAUGGUGAUCUUAGGCUUGUGUGUGGCUACUCAGCCAUGGAAACCCAUUUCAUGAAGCUCCCUCAAUGAACUGUUAUUGUGCUGACGUUGCUUCCAGAGGCAGUUUGGAACUCGGUAGUGAGUGUUGCAACCGAGGACAGUGCCACAUUGAAAGUCACUUCAGUAAGGCCAUUCUACUACCAAUGUUUGUCAAUGGAGAUUGCUUGGCUGUGCUCGAUUUUAUACACCUGUCAGCAACGGGUGUGGCUGAAAUAGCCAAAUCCACUAAUUUGAAGGGGGGUACUUUUGUAUAUAGAGUCUAUGUCUGAUAAUUGUUAGGUCUUAAGAUCAGAGCCAACACAAAUCCACAGGGAAUUCACACAGCUGCUGUUUGUGCACUGAAUGAAUACGACCUUUAGUUGUGCACUAUUUGUUUUGAUUUCAAUACAUCAUUGAUUUCUUAUCUCACUGUCCUUUGUCCAGUCUGGUCCUGCUUAUUACCCUAGUCUCUUGGCUGCAUGUUGUAGCAUGAUCCAUAACAUUGCUACAGUACUUUUGUGUCCCAAAUGGCACCCUAUUUCCUAUAUAGUGCACUACAUUUGACCAAGGCCCAAAAGUAGUGCACUUUAUAGGGAAUAGAGUGCAAUUUGGGACACAACCCUAGUGCUGGGCAGCCUGACCUUACCCUCUUUCAUUUGAGUGGUGCUUCACUUCACUAAUGGCUGACCCAUGACCUCUACUCUACAUGAUGUAUGAGGAAGCUAAUGCAAGCCAACACCAUGCUAGCUACACACACAGAUCCGGACACUGCUGCAGUUUCCCUUUGCCUUCAUGUGCAAGCCAUUGAAUGUUAUAAAAUAGAUUGACUUUGUGUAAUUCUCAAUAAAUGGCCUCUCACUCGGUCAGUAUGUGUGUGUGUGUGUGUGCGUGUCUGUCUGUCUGUCUCAUGCUUAUAUUAUGCAUUAUAAUCAGUGUGUGUGCUCCCUAGACUCCUGUCCUCUUGGCCACCUGCAGUGUGAGAAUGGCCAGUGUUUCCAUCCAGACAAGAGCUGUGACUUCGUAGACGUUUGUGGCGAUGGCACCGAUGAAAAGGAUUGUGGGACUUCCUGCUCUUUCGAGAAUGGUCGCUGUGGUUGGAAGAGCUCCCUGGCUGACAACUUUGAUUGGGCGUUGGGUGUUGGCUCAGUCCAGGGCAUAAGACCUCCAUUUGACCACACUCUGAAGAAUGAACAUGGUAGUGUAUUAGUGUAUUUCUCUCUGCAAUUUCUAUGUGAAUUCCCCUUAUAGUCCAGGCGAUAUGUGCAUUUUCCCCCCCACUUUUUAUAAAAACAUGAAACUUGGUACACUUGCACAGUUUGGGGCUCUGAACAGUUCGGGCCUCUGAGCACCUUGCCAUGGUGGCUAUUUCUCUAUCCCACCAUAACCGGACAAUGUAUUUUUUCUUCAUACUGUAUCUGCUGAACCAAACAUGAAAACAUAGAAUAGAGUCCAAUAAUGUACUUGGAUUGAUUUGAGGAAGUGGAUAUAAGUUUGCUUUUUUACAUUCCCUACCACCUCUGCGAAUAAAUUAAAACCCAUAUCCCAGAAUUUGAUGAGAUAGUUGGAUCACAAUUCUUGGCUCAAGGUGGAGAGGAUUGAUAAGAAAAAUAACAUUCGUAAUGUUUAUGCAUUUUAACAUCUGUGUCUGGAAUGGAAAUUCAUAACUUCUUCACAGCAGCUUUGAUAGAGAAAUACAUUUGAGCAGAAUAAACCCUAUGGACGUGUCCCAAAUAGCAUCCUAUUCCUUAUAUAGUGCAUUCCAUACAUAGGGCCCAAAGGGCUCUGGUCAGUAGUAUUGCACUAUAUAGGGAAUAGGAUAGGAUGCCAUUAAGGUGUAUCACUUAGACAAGGUAUUGAAUGACUAUUAAUCUGCAGUAUCUUGAGAAGCUUUUGAACUUACUCAGAGCCACAUAUAUGAAUGAUCAUACUCUUCCAGUCUGUAGAAUGUUCUAGAUCACUGACUCAUGUUGAAUCCAGCACAUUCUUUUCUAACUUUGGAGGUUUGAUCAUUGACUUGUGAAACCUUUUCUGUGCCCUCUGCAAUGGCAACCACCGAAGGCACUAAGGGGCAGUUGCAGUGAUCGCCACCUCAUGACUCUCCCUCGCAUCCCUAUGACCUAACUGUAUUUUGUCACCAUCAGCAAGAGCAAUCUGAGGAGGUGGCUAUCAAUCUGCCUCACACCUCUCUCACUCUCUCUCUCUCUCUCUCUCUCUCUCUCUCUCUCUCUCUCUCGCUCUCUCUCUCUCUCACACACACCCAGGUCAUUUUGUCUAUCUGGAGGCCACUCCAGUGGGAUUUAAAGGUGAUAAGGCUCACAUGAAGAGCUCUGUGUGGAAGGAGUCCAGUGCCACCUGCAAGCUCACCUUCUGGUACUACAUUUCCCACAAAGCAUCAGGCACCAUCCGCUUACUGGUCAAG